AUGCCUCUCACCUAUGACCCUGAUUUCUCCACGGCUGCGGCCUGGCUCCUUUCGGACCUAGCAUCCAGCCCAGCCCCCGCCAUCCACGAUGUCCAGGCGCGCCGUAUCGACAUCACUGCCAAAUACGCGGCCAUGUUCGAGAAGCUUCCCGCUGCGCCUGACGUCGAACAAACCGUGCAUCAGAUACAGUCAUACGACGGAAAACCGAUAGCCGUGUAUCGAUUUGCAAAGAAAGCCCCGGCGUCCACGGCACCAGGCCCGGCGGUCUUACACACGCACGGCGGGGGUAAGAUCCAGGGGGACGUCGCACUGUUCACGAAGAUGCUUGCGCUGCAAGUGCAGCGAACGGGCGUCCAAGUGUUCUCGGUUGACUACCGAUUGGCCCCCGAGAACCCGCACCCAACGCCCACCGAGGAUUGCUAUGCCGGGCUGACGUGGGUGUACGAACAUGCGGAAGAGUUUGGCGUGGACCGCAGCCGCAUUGCCACGAUGGGUGAAAGCGCAGGCGGGAAUUUGGCCGCUGCUUUGGCUCUGAUGGCCCGUGACCGCGGCCUGUCUCCGCCCCUGGCCAAGCAGAUCCUGAUCUAUCCCAUGCUGGAUGACCGUACCACCACUCCCAUCCCGCCGUUGGAGCCCCUGGCCUUGUGGAACAACAACGACAACAUCACCGCUUGGACCGCUCUCCUGGGCAAUGACAUCGGUACCGACAAGGUCUCGCCAUACGCUGCCCCUGCGCGCGCAACCAGCGUGGAAGGUCUCCCGUCGACUUACAUCGAUGUCGGCGAACUGGACAUCUUCCGCGACGAGGACAUUGCCUUUGCUGCCAGAAUUGCCGCGGCCAACAUCCCUCUCGAGUUUCACGUGUACCCGGGCCUCCCGCAUGCGUUUGAGGUGUAUGCACCGGAGAUCGAAGCGACCAAGAGAGCCGUUGCUGACCGAGACCGGGCCAUUACCACGCUGUAG